AUGGGUGGAAACUCAUGCCUUCAAAAAAAUAAGAGAAAAGGAAGUCAUCAACUUUAUAUGGGAACAUGUCAUGUGCCGGUUCGGGAUCCCAUCCGAAAUAACAUGCGACAACGGGAGGCCGAAUACACAAAUAAAACCAUCAUUCAAAACCUGAAGAAGAAAUUAGAAAGUGCCAAGGGAAAAUGGCGAGAAACGCUGCCUGAGGUACUGUGGGCAUAUUGGACGACUCCAAAAUCAAGCACAGAGAAGACACCUUUCUUUCUAGUAUAUGGUGCUGAAGCACUAAUACCAGUAGAGGUCGGGGAACCAAGCUCCAGAUUCUGGCACGCCAGUGAAGAGUCAAAUCACGAGGCCAUGGCAAUGGCCCUUGAGCUGCUCGAUGAAAGACUGGAGGCCUCACUGGUUCGGAUGGCCGCCCAAAAGCAGAAAAUCGAAAGAUACUACAACAUGAGAACGAACCUCCGAUAUUUUGAAAUCGGAGAUUUGGUCCUAAGAAAGGUUACUCUCAACACCCGAAACCUCAAUGAAGGGAAACUAGGCCAGAAUUGGGAAGGGUCGUACGAUGUCCUCGGGAUAGUUAGCAAAGGCUCCUAUAAGCUUGGCACCAUGGAAGGCGAGCAGCUCCCGAGCAACUGGAAUGUGUCGAUGCUCAAGCGGUAUUACUAUUAG